AAAAAUACUUGUUUUCUUUUGUAAUUUAUUGCCGUUCCCUAAGAUCCCUGAAAACUUUGAACUUUAUUGCAUGCAAUGUAUGAAAAAUUGCAAUAACUUAAGGUAUCCAAUCACCCUUUUUUCAUAAAAAUCGAACAAAUUAUCGAUUUUUUGGUUUUAACAUUUUAUUAUGCUUUAAACAUCCAGCUUUCUAAAUCUGUUUAAAUUUUGUUUUUAGCUUUAAUAUAACCCGAGUUAUAGCAUUUUAACGAAACAUCUCCUUAGAAAUUGUGAAACCGGAAGUCACAUUCUUACACAGGAUAUGAAUGAUUUCUGCUAGUUUCGUUUUGAUUUCUGCUAGUUUUGCUUUGAUUACUUACGUAUAUUUGAAUAUUAUUCACUUAAGGGCAGUUUUUUUUAUUACUUUUUUGAAAUGGCAACGUUUUUCUUAGAUAUUUAUAAGUUUUUAACCUGGCAAUGAAUUAAUAAUCAAUGAAUCAGAUCCUUGUUUAUCUUUGUUACUUGUGAUUGCGCUUUAUUUAGAUCUUCAAUUUAUAGUUAUUAAUUUGUUAAUUUUGUUAUUUUCUUGUUAAAUUUGCUGUUGUUUUUUUAUUUAUUAUUAAUAAGUUUUGUUCUGUUUGACUUUGUUUUUGUUUACAUUAUUUUGAAAUUAAUAAUGGGGAAGUCAAUUGCCCGUAAGAGGAAGCGGCAGUUUUACGGCAAUCGUCAUACUAAUGAUAGUAUGAUGAACUCUAGUACAGCUAGUUCAUCAAAAUUAAAUGAUUCAUUAGUGAACAAUAAUGAUUCCGAUGGAAAGGAGGAUUUUUCUGGUAACAGAAUAUUUGAUCUAUCAAUGCUGUCAUUGGUAUUCAACAAACUAGCAUGUCCUCAGUGUUCAAAUUUGGGGUUUAUUUUUGAAGAGGAUUCAAGAUAUGGAUUGUGCAGUAAUCUCGUUUUAAAGUGCCAUGAGUGUAAGUUUACUGAAGGAUUUUCUACAUCACCUAAAAUAAAUAAUGCUUCCGAAAUAAAUAUGAGAUUUGUAUAUGGCAUGAGACAGAUAGGCAAAGGAUAUUCUGGUGCAAAAUUGUUUUGUGCAACUUUAAAUUUACCUCCACCACCUGCAAGAUCUGCAUUUAAUAAAAGGAUCUGCAUUCAGUAAAACUGUUGAAAGCUCAUUCAACACCAUCAACUAAAAAGCGUAGAAAAAUAUUAAGGGCUAAUAGGAAAAAUGUGUUGAGAGAGAAUGUGUUGAGAGAGAAGAAGGAAGGUGUUAUCUAUGAGUAUGGCGGAUUUUCAGGACACGACACUAUAUAAACAUUAUACAUAACAGAGAUCUCAUUUUUUGAAUUGUUUUCAUAUUUAUUUAGUUCUUUUCAACUUUUUAAAGGAUAUAUGUAUUGAAUUAUAAUUUGUAAAAUUUUUAUAAUUGCCUGCGAGAAACAUUAGUAUUAAUUUUUCUCGAAAUGUGUUUUUCUCAAUUUUUCAUUUUACCCGAACCUUGAUUUUAAAACAGCCUAAUGAUUUAAUAAGUUUCAAAAGAUUCAGUUAAAUUGUUGUUCAAAUUUUCUCUCCUCUUCAUGAAGAUGUUA